UAAAAUCUCUGUUUUGUCUUUUAGUCUUAUUUUCUCAGUGACCUGAAGAACAACAGCUCAAAGCUAAAUUGAUAAGAGUUAUAAAUAUUUAUUUAUAUUUAAUGAAAUAACAAUGGAAACGCUACUUUCGCGAAAAGCUGUACCAAUUGUUGAUUUGGCCAAUUGCAACCAGAGUGGGCUUAAUGUUAUAAGCCAAGACCUGGGAAAGGCUCUUUCUAUGCAUGGUUAUUCUCUGCUUAUUAACCAUGGAAUUUCGAACUCACAGACAUAGGCUGCCUGGGGAUAUUUUGAUAAAUUUGUUGAGCUACCGGAAACGGAGAAAGUAGCAUACGAACGUUCUAAGGCUCCUGAUGCAGAAAACCAUGGAUAUGUGAGUCCUGGUAUGGAGAAAUUUGAUGGGAAGACUACGGAGUUUCGACACGCUUACAAUAUUUGCAAACUGGAUGCUAACCAUUUACCCGAAAAGGCAUUACCGGGAUUUACAAAACAAAUUAACUCCUUAACUGAUGACUUUAAUGUCUUGGGUAGAUUUAUCCUUCAAGCAUUGGCCCUAUCGUUGCAUGUUUCUCCCUCGUUUUUUCUGGACAGACACUCGUAUAUGUUGUCAGAUGAUCGCUUUAAUUUAACAACCCUUCGAUUGCUUUAUUACCCACCAGUCGAUAAUGAAAAUCCCUCAAAAGUAAUCCGUUGUGGUGCUCAUGCGGAUUAUUGUACUUUUACCCUGCUUGCCCAGGAUUCGGAGGGCGGAUUGGAGGUGAAGUUACGGGGAAAUGAUGAGUGGCAACGGGUUGGUCAUCUUCCGGGAGCCCUUUUUAUAAAUUGUGGUGAAACUAUGGCUCUGUGGACAAAUAAGCGCUACCAUGCUUUGCAACAUCGUGUGGUUGUUCCCGAGGAUGAGAAAAUCCGCAAAUGUGGAAGACACUCCAUAGCUUAUUUUUGCCAUCCUGAUAGUACAACUCUUAUAGAUCCAAAGGAGUUUCAAACUGGUGUAAAUAAGUGUCAUAACGAGAAGGUAUACAACGCCUACGAUAUAACUAUGGCUUUGGCAAAAGGAGCUUACAGUCACAAUUAUACUUAAAAAUUAUUAAAUUAAAAAUGAUUUCAUAGAAAUUAACGUUUUUUCUAUUUUUAAAAUUAACGCUCAGUAAACG